AUGUCGCCUACUGUCCUUGGGUUUCUUCUCUCGGCCUUCGUGCUCACAAGUUCUACCCAAAUAUUUUCUGAGGAUGUCGGAAAGAUCAUCAUCGUUCAGAACACUUGCUCCGUGGUUCCACAUCGUGUCUGGAAGAGAUUCACAGAGGAAUCUUCGACGACCCCAAAGUCAUUGAACCAAUACAGCCCGGAAACCAUCAAAUUCCUCCAAACAUGGAUACAUACCGCGCAUGGGGUUGAGAGCCGUCUUGAGAACGCGCUGUUAAAGUGGGACGAAAAAUCGAUUUGCUUCGACCGCCCGUCUACAAUCACUUUGAAGAAAGUGGCACACGGUGGUGACUUCUCCAAUGACAUGUCAAAGUUCUCCUAUCUCGAAGUUCCGGAGCAUUGGGCUGCUCCAAAUGAAGACGAUAUGGAGACAUGGAAGAACAUCAAACUCGAGGAGUGCUCCACCACCAACGACGCCAUCUACCGCUGCCCAGAGACCGCCUUCAAGACAUCCUGCUCGAUAAAGGACCUUGCCAAGUGCUCGGAGCGCAUCGAGAUGGACAGCUCAGAUCAAUUCUUCGCUUUCGUUCGCCGUCUUGGAUCCAGCCAUCUUGUUGCAACUCGUGCUCGCCGGGGAACCAUCAUCCGUAGCGGUAACAUCUUUGAUAUCAAGCCUGUCGAUCUCCCGGAAAGGAUAUUCAAGCUGACUCUCGCCGACACCGACAUGAUGUCAAUCGGAACGGCUCUCGUCAAGAACCAAUGA